UUUUUUGGUCUCAAAUCUCCCUCAUGGUGUCUCUGUGUCUCCUCUGUCAGUCAUGUCUUCCUCCAGCAGUCUCCUGUCUGAAGAUCAGCUCCAGUGCUCUGUCUGUCUGGAUGUGUUCACUGAUCCAGUCUCUACUCCAUGUGGACACAACUUCUGCAUGGUCUGUCUCAAAGACUGCUGGGACAGCAGUUCAGACUGCCAGUGUCCAGUCUGUAAGACCGAUUUCAGUAGAAGACCUGAACUAUCUGUGAACACGUUCAUCUCUGGACUGGCUGCUCAGUUCAAGAAGCCAGUUCAGGUCAAAUCCAGCAGAGCUCCAGAGAAACCUGACAAAUCUCAGGUGCUCUGCGAUGUCUGCUGUGAAAAGAAAAGUGCAGCUCUGAAGUCCUGCCUGAUCUGUAUGGCCUCUUACUGCAAGACUCAUCUGGAACCUCAUGAGAGAAUCGCUUCAUUCAGGAAACACAAACUGAUGGAUGUGGAGAACCUGGAGGACUACAUCUGCCAGAAACAUGAGAGACCCCUGGAGCUGUUCUGUAGAGAUGACCAGACGUGUGUGUGUCAGUUCUGCACUGAAGGAGACCACAAGACUCACAGCACUGUUCCUGUAGAGGAGGAGAGUGGAGAGAAGAAGAUUCAAAUGGGAAAGACACAGGCAGAAGUUCAGCAGAUGAUCCAGGACAGACUGAAGAAGAUUGAGGAAAUCAAACACUCUGUUGAGCUCAAUAAAAAAAGCUCAGAGAAGGAGAAAGCAGACAGUGUGGAGGUCUUCAGAGCUCUGCUGCGCUGCAUUGAGAGAAGCCAGGCGGAGCUGCUUGAGGUGGUGGAGGAGAAGCAGAAAGCAGCAGAGAGGCAGGCUGAAGAGUUCAUUAAAGAGCUGGAGCAGGAAAUCGCUGAGCUAAAGAGGAGAGACACUGAGCUGGAGCAGCUCUCCCACACUGAGGACCACCUCCACCUCCUACAGGUUUACCCGUCCCUCUGCAGCCCUCCACACACCAAGAACUGGACUGAGAUCAGGAUUAACACUCAUCUGAGGGUGGAGACUCUGAGGAGAGCUCUGUCUCAGCUUCAGGAAGAGCUCAGUAAGGAGAUGGAGAAGGUUGUUGUGACUGAACUGAAGAGAAUUCAGCAGUAUGCAGUGGAUGUGACUCUGGAUCCUGAUUCAGCUCAUCCUGCUCUCAUCCUGUCUAAUGAUGGAAAACAAGUGAGAGAUGAAGAUGCAGAACGGAAUCUCCCUGGCACCCCAAAGAGGUUCAGUCGUUGUCCGGGUGUGCUGGGAAAGGAGGGGUUCUCCUCAGGGAGAUUUUAUUCUGAGGUUCAGGUCAGUGAGAAGACUGAGUGGGAUUUCGGAGUGACCACAGAGUCCAGUAACAGGAAGGGGGAGAUUAUUCUAGGUCCUAGGAAUGGUUACUGGAGUAUGUUACUAAGAGAUAAGGGAGUGCAUGUGGCUCUGGCCUCUACCUUUGUCCUCCUCUCCUUGAAACAGGCUCCCCAGAAGGUGGGGGUGUUUGUGGAUUAUGAGGAGGGUCUGGUCUCCUUCUAUGAUGUUGAGGUCAGGUCUCAUAUCUACUCUUUCACUGGUCAGUCUUUCACUGAGAAACUCCACCCGUUCUUCAGUCCCUCCCUCAAUGAAGGAGGUAAAAACUCAGCACCACUGAUCAUCACACCUGUUAUCAUGGCUUCCUCCAGCAGUCUCCUGUCUGAAGAUCAACUCUUGUGCUCUAUCUGUCUGGAUGUGUUCACUAAUCCAGUCUCUACUCCAUGUGGACACAACUUCUGCAUGGUCUGUCUCAAAGAGUACUGGGACAGCAGUUCACGCUGCCAGUGCCCAUUAUGUAAGACAGAAUUCCCGAAAAGGCCUGAGCUACGUGUGAACACAUUCAUCUCUGAACUGGCUAUUCAGUUUAAGAUGUCAGAUCAGGCGCAACCCAGUAGAGCUCCGGUGCAACCCAGUAGAGCUCCAGAGAAACCUCCCUCCAAACCUAAGAAGGUUCUGUGUGACUCCUGCUCUGGGGAACAGCUGGAGGCUGUAAAGUCCUGUCUGGACUGUGGAGUAUCUUACUGUGAGACUCAUCUGAUGCCUCAUAAAACUGCAGCGAAACUCAAGAAGCACAAACUGAUGGACCCUGUGGAGAACCUGGAGGACUACAUCUGCCAGAAACAUGAGAGACCCCUGGAGCUGUUCUGUAGAGACGACCAGACGAGUGUGUGUGACCUUUGCAGUGAGAGAGACCACAAGACUCACAGCACUGUUCCUAUAGAGAAGGAAAGUCAAGUGAAGAAGACUCAACUGGGGAUGAAACAGGCAGAAGUUCAGCAGAUGAUCCAGGACAGAGUGAAGAAGAUUAAGGAAAUCAGAUGCUCUGUAGAUCUCAAUAAAAAAAGCUCAGAGAAGGAGAAAGCAGACAGUGUGGAGGUCUUCAGAGCUCUGCUGCGCUGCAUUGAGAGAAGCCAGGCGGAGCUGCUUGAGGUGAUGGAGGAGAAGCAGAAAGCAGCAGAGAGGCAGGCUGAAGAGUUCAUUAAAGAGCUGGAGCAGGAAAUCACUGAGCUAAAGAGGAGAGACACUGAGCUGGAGCAGCUCUCCCACACUGAGGACCACCUCCACCUCCUACAGGUUUACCCGUCCCUCUGCAGCCCUCCACACACCAAGAACUGGACUGAUGUCAGGAUUAACACUCAUCUGAGGGUGGAGACUCUGGGGAGAGCUCUGUCUCAGCUUCAGGAAGAGCUCAGUAAGGAGAUGGAGAGGGGCGUUAUGACUGAACUGAGGAAAAUUCAACAGUAUGCAGUGGAUGUGACUCUGGAUCCUGUUACGGCAAAUCCUUAUCUCAUCCUCUCUGAUGAUGGGAAACACGUGGGAUUUGGAAACAUACAAGAGAAUAUUCCCAACAACCCAGAGAGGUUUGAUCGCUGUCCCUGUGUGCUGGGAAAGGAGGGGUUCUCCUCAGGGAAAUUUUACUAUGAGGUUCAGGUCAGAGGGAAGACUGCCUGGGAUUUAGGAGUGGUCAGAGAGUCCAUUAACAGGAAGGGGGAGAUUACAGCUUGUCCUAAAGUUGGUUACUGGAUGAUGUUUCUGAGAAAUGAGACAGAAUAUGCUGUUGUGGACAAAUCAUUUGUGCCCCUCUCUCUGAAACAGGCUCCCCAGAAGGUGGGGGUGUUUGUGGAUUAUGAGGAGGGUCUGAUCUCCUUCUAUGAUGUUGAGGCCAGGACUAAACUUUAUUCUUUCACUGGUCAGUCUUUCACUGAGAAACUCUAUCCACUAUUCAGCCCUUAUGUGAAUUAUGGAGGUAAAAAUUCAGCUCCACUGGUCAUCACACCUGUUGAACAGUGUAAAUGAGGUUCAUUUACCCCUUAAACCCAAUCAGUCACAUGUAUCCUAAAACACAUUACACAGUUAAUCAAUGAAUGAAUGAAUAUAUAAAGUCACGAUUUACAUCAAUGGAUGCAUCUCUAGGU